UUCCUCGCGAUAUGGUGCUCGGUUGUCAACAACCGAUACAAAUCUCGUUAGUUUUCAUUCACCUCGCGCGUUGUGCUGGGCCAUCAAACACCGAUACAAACCUCGUUAUUUAUUAUUCACCUUGCUUGAUGCUCCGUCAUCAAACACCGAUACAAACCUCGUCGUUAAAAGUUUACCUCUUUGCAUGCGCUUAAAAUCCUAAUUUUUUUCUUUUAUGUGUAACGAAAAAUCGUUAUUUUCCCACGAACUGAGGUCGGCCUAUUUGAAGUUUAUGAUUCAUUAAUAUUUCUUAUUCUUGUCAACGGAGCGGUCCUUGGAUAAAUCGUACAGUCACUUCCUAUAAUUUCUGACUAUAACGAGUGACAAACCCCUUAUAAGCACAAAAUAUAAAGCUUCCCUUCCUUAGAGCUCAGACAACAAUGAAAUGGAGAAGUUACCCCCCUUGUUUCGGUUACAUAACUAAAUAAUUAAUAUGCGGCCAUUCUGAAUAAAUUAGAAUGCAAUCGCAUAUAAAUUGCUACAUCAUUCCAAAUGUCAACAUAGUAACAUGGCUGGUUUUAUGGUUAGAAUUGUGUUGUAUUUUUCUCUACCGUUAAUAAUUUCUGCUCAACUAAAGUGGACAAACCUUACCAGUGUAAACCGUGGCCCUUCACCUUCAUCUCGAAGAGACAUUGCGAUUGGGUAUGAUAGCAAAAACAAAGAAAUACUCGUUUAUGGCGGAAGAGCUAGUGGCCAAAUAUUCAGCGAUACAUGGGCUUUUAACUUAAAUUCUGGUCAAUGGAGAGAACUUAACACAAGCAACGACAUUGGCAAACGAUUUUCAGUGGUUUCAGGCGUGUGGAAUAAUGGUUUUUAUGUUGCAACUGGUCAAGUUGGGAGCAAAUUCUUUGAUGAUAUGUGGCGUUUAGAUUUGUCAACAUCAGAGUGGAGGCAGCUGCCUUCUGGAAACAGUAAGCCAGAAAAACGAUAUGGAGCAGCAGGCGGCUUCUUUCAACAUGACAAUUCUAGUUUCUUUUAUUUAACACACGGUUUCGCAAGCAAGCGGUAUUCGAAUACGUUUGUGUAUGACGUCUCUAAGGAAGAAGGAUGGAAGGAGGUCUUUGAGGGAACAAGUAGUUAUAACCCUAAUUAUCCCCAUGCUCGAUGUCUUCACUCUGGUACCAUGUUGUCGACGCAUAAGUUUGUCAUGUAUGGUGGAUGUCUAGGGUAUGUUUUAUUUAAUUAAGCACCAUUUCUAGUAACGAUGUAGCCAAGCCUUGCUUGUUCCAGGAUUGACUGCCAGUGCCCCCGCCCCUUGACCAGUAUUAAAAUCAGGCGUCAGAGUAAAAUAGUAAAGUAGGUAUAUUGGCGUACAUUGCAGCAGGCCUGAACUCUCCCGGUGCCACUGGGAGACUCAGGGACCGGUUUUGACCUUUUUCUCCCGGUAUCAAGAUAUUUUCUCCCGGUAUCAAGAUAUUUUCUCCCGGUUGCUUGUUUUAAUUGUAUUUUCCAGAUUCAAAUAUCUGGCAAGAAAUGGUAAUCGUUUGAAAAUCACUUGGGUCCAAGCUGAAACUUACUUUCGCACUAUAGGCGAUAAGUAGAUUAUUGUAAGGAUAUGAGAUGUAACAUGGGAUCUCGAAAACUAGUUGCAUUCUUGCCAUGUUAGCAUUAAAUUAAACAAGUUGUUAAAGCAAAUGCAAUUAUAAUGAUUAUAAAGCUGGGGAAAAUGAUUAGAAUUUUUACUGUUUUGAACACUGCAUAUGACUUUAGUUUUGCUCUCCCGGUUUUUGAUAAAAUCUCACAGUUUUUUAAGGGCUAUAAAGCGAAGUCUCCCUGUUUUAAGGUUGACAGGUCUGUUGCAGCUAGAAUUAAUAGUUAAGCCUCAUACCAAAACUUCAGCAUAAUAAAUUGAAAUAUUUUCUUUGACAUUUUCUAGUGGUGGUGGCACAGGUGGCCCAUGUCCUGCAGAUGAUGGUUGGACAUAUGAUGCUGGAAAAGAUGAAUGGACACGCCUCCCUCAUUGUGCAUCACCUCGCACAUAUUCUGCCAUGGCAUUACUACCAAUUGACAAAGAUAGUAAUGGCAAGGAUAUUGUUAGAGCUGUGUUGUAUGGCGGAAGUGAAACCAGCAAAUCUGUUAUAACUGUAAGUCAUAUCGCCCGUUAAUCAGUUAGUGUAAGUAGUAGUCUACAAUAAACUGUUCUGAGUGGUUUGUGUCUGAAUUAGGUGAAAACGAUUUAUCUAACAUAGAACCAUGAAAACGAUUUAUCAAACAUAACCCGUACCAUUUUUUUGGUUCUUGGACUACCUAUUUAGCUAGAGCCCUGUUUACACUUUGCUCAAUUUUUGGUACCGUACCACUUUUUGGUUCUUGGACUACCUAAUUAAAUAGGUAGUCCAAGAACCAAAAAAGUGGUACGGGUACCAAUUUUAUCUGUGCCGUACCAAAAAUUGAGCGUAGUGUAAACAGGGCUUUGGUUUGUGUCGGAACUAUCUGAAAAAAUAUAUGAUCAUAAUUUUGUUGCUCCACUUGUAGGUAGUAUUCGACAAUAAGCGUGCUUUGUUCAACAUCAGUUCCUGGAUUUAAAUAAAUGUUGAAUUUAUUAAGUUUGUGUCUUAAAUUUCAGGUAACAAAGGCUCCUCCCAAUGAGCUGGUUAUUUUCAAUCCUGAGACAGAGGAGUGGGCUAAAAAGAUUGUAAACGUGAGUAAAUAUAUCUUUGAAGAAUGGUUUUAAUUUAAUAUUCAAGCCUCGAGUUGAAUGUUUCUUUCACUCCAGGGAACUGCACCUCCAAAACGAUCUGGUCAUGCAAUGGUGACAGUCGACAAUGGUAUUAUUAUGUUUGGUGGCUCGUCUAGGUGAGUUUUGUUUAUUAAAUUUACUGGUAAUAGUUCUGGCUACAAAUGUCAUCUCAAUAUUUUGUUGAUAUUUCAUCUACUAUUUUGUUGUUUGAGUCACAUCUUGAUUUGAAUAUUUAGUGAUGACAUCUGGCUACUGGAAGGAACUGCCAUGAUGGUGGAAAACAUGCCUGACGGAGAAGAGUGUAAUCUAGUGUACUUUAGUUAUAUACAACUGCACGGAAUAUUUAUGUUCAUUGGUUGGGGAGUUCUUCUUCAACUUGGGAUGUUCUUUGCAAGAUAUUUCAGAAACAGAGACCCAUGGUGGUUCAAAAUGCAUCGAGCUUUACAGGUAAUAGAAUGACCCUUAUUUAUGAAUGCAAGAAUACUACAUAAUUUACACUGAAAAGAAUUAACCUGAUCAGGGCCACAGCGAUUUUCCGGGAUACCAUUUUUCACUCACCCCCAAACUAAUGUACCACCAUUUGUUAACAUUUUUGGUAAUAUUUUUGUUUUGCUAUUAUAACUAUUACUUUUUAAUCAGAGUCACUCAAAUAUUUUUGCUGACUACGAAAACAAUCUGCCAAUAAAUCUAUUAUUUUGCAGAUAAGAUGUUUUCAGGGGGUGUCCCCCCAUAGAAACAGAGCCCUGAACAUGAUAUUAUAUUGCUGGAUAACUGCUCAUGAUUGGCCACAGUGUUUAAUGAGACCAUACAUAAGCUGAAUGUCUAUUUCAUAUUUUCAGGUGUCUGGAUUGAUUGUUUCACUGAUGGGGUUCGCCUUUGCUGUUGUGUCUGUUCCUUUUGACCAUUUCAUGUUUGCGCAUGGUGGACUGGGACUAGUCAUUAUGAUCAUUGGAUUACUCCAACCUUUAAAUGCAUUCUUGUAAGUUUUUACUUUGAAUUCGUUUAAUUUAUUUGUCUUACAUUCUAGUUUGUUUCCAACUUCUUCAAUGCGCCCCCUUUAUGCUGGAGACAUAUGAUCCGCCUGGACGGGCUAGGAUGGCAUUGGCUCUGGGGAAAUUGAAUUUUUCCUGUGCUGUGAUUGGUUUAAUUAUUUAGGGGUUUAGGGGUUCCGGUUGUCAAUUUCCCCAGAGCCAAUGCCUUCCUAGCCCGCCCACAGGCAUUGCUCUGGGUACGAUAAAUACGGCGUUGUUAACGUUCCUCGGCACUAUUGCCAGAAUACAUUGCAUAUACACUCAGAGUAACAUCACAAGCAUCAUAUUCACCUGAGUACAUUACACCAACACAGAAAAAAAUCAUGAUUAUUACAUUGCAUUGUUUUAGCUUGUUCCAUUUCAACAAUUUUAAGAAACAAAACACACACUCCUUGUUAGUUCGUCUGGACAGGUCGUUACGAAGUUCGGGUUUUUACAUUUUGAUGUUUCUUUACCAGCCGUCCUCACAAAGCUGACGAAAGUGGGCAAAAGAGUUUGAAAAGAAUGAUCUGGGAGAUUUACCACAUCAACGCUGGUCGUCUUGCUUUGCUUCUUGCCUUGAUCAACAUCUCAUUGGGCGUCUUUCUCGCUGUCGUGCCCUACACGGCGUGGGUCAUCUGGUUCGUUAUGUUUGCCUUAUGGGUGACUAUUUUGAUUGUCAUGGAGAUUCGUCUUCAGUACCACAGAUACAAGUCAGGCGAGGGACGCAUGGUGGAAAUGACAAAUAAAUGAAGUUUGCGCACUCUAGCAUUGGCUGUCUUCACCUUGGAUAAAAAACAUCAUUUUAUUAUCGUUCUUUGUGUGCUGUAUAUAUUCUUAAUUGUUCAUUCGAAAAACGUAAAUAAUUAUCAUUUGUAACGACUGUAUUAUGUAACAACCGACGUAGUUCAAUCAUGUUGGACACUAAAUUCCACGACAUCAGUCAAUGAUUUGAUUAACUGGAAUAUUAAAAGAUAAUUUUGAUUUCUAAUGUGUAGAUUUAUACCAGUUUUUUUAAUCACUGUCUGUGAUAUUGAAUCAACCCUCUAGUCACAUAGAGGUGAAAGGCACUCACUAUAACAUCUACAUCUACGGCCAAUACCUCUGCCUCUGUACUAUAUAAUGAUUAAUGUAGUUCGAAAUAGUUCUGCAUGUUCACAGUACUAUAGUUGGAAAUACCGUCAUAGUUCUAGAUAUUUGCACAAAAGGAACCGUAAUAAGAAGAUCGUUAACAGACCUUAGCAUUCAUUAAUUCUGCAAAUGACUUAUCAAAGACUUAUACUGUUAUAGUGUGUAUGCACGGUAGCAUUUUUAAAGUGGGCACAUCGUUGCUAUCAUUGAAUUAAGAACCUCCAUAAAGCCUGGUUGCCAUAUGGUCGUAAAGAUUGAGUCACGAUCAUUCUCAACAGCUGAAAUACAACAUUUUAAACUGAUAGAGAAUACUUAUGAUUUAUAUGUAGUUUACAGGUAAAAACUGUUUGACGAGAAACGUGACUCAAUCUGUCAACGACAGUUGCAACCAUAUAUGGAAACCAUGUAUAGGCUUAAGGCACAGUACCCUUGAUUGCUCCAGGAAGUGAUUUAUGUUACACGUAGAUUAACAGAGGUCUUUAAGACUGAUUUUGUGGUAGAAAUUAUAUUUGUAAUUCUUUAUAGCUAUAAAAGUGUCGUUAGUGCUAUAUUUGGACAGA